AGUCGCGUGUACUUCAUAUACAUUGUACAAUAAUAUUUGCAUAAACAACGAAUUGUCAAAGAGUAAAAAUGCAAAAGUAUGAGAAGCUUGAGAAGAUUGGCGAAGGCACGUAUGGAACCGUAUUUAAAGGACGUAACCGCGAGACACUCGAAAUAGUUGCCCUCAAAAGGGUGCGCCUAGACGAGGACGACGAGGGAGUACCGAGCUCUGCGCUGCGAGAAAUAUGUUUACUAAAAGAAUUGAAACACAAAAACAUAGUGAGACUUUGCGAUGUAUUGCACUCGGAUAAAAAACUAACGCUGGUCUUUGAGCAUUGUGAUCAGGAUUUGAAAAAGUACUUUGACAGCUUAAAUGGAGAAAUCGACAUGGUAGUGUGUCGUAGCUUCAUGCUACAACUGUUGCGCGGAUUAGCGUUUUGCCAUAGUCACAACGUGCUGCACCGUGAUCUCAAGCCCCAGAAUUUGCUUAUAAACAAGAAUGGCGAAUUAAAGCUGGCCGACUUUGGUCUUGCCCGUGCGUUUGGAAUACCGGUCAAGUGCUACUCAGCAGAGGUGGUGACACUUUGGUAUCGCCCUCCCGAUGUUCUUUUUGGAGCCAAACUGUAUACUACUAGUAUAGAUAUGUGGUCAGCUGGUUGCAUAUUUGCUGAAUUGGCAGAUGCUGGUCGCCCGCUCUUUCCUGGAUCAGAUGUGUUGGACCAAUUGAUGAAGAUAUUCCGUGUGCUUGGUACACCAACAGAAGAUUCAUGGCCCGGUGUUUCCCAUCUCUCUGACUACGUCGCGCUUCCAACAUUUCCAGCCAUAACCUCAUGGAGCCAAAUCGUACCAAGACUUAAUUCAAAAGGACGUGAUCUGUUGCAAAAACUGCUAAUCUGCCGCCCUAACCAGCGCAUAAGUGCGGAAGCUGCAAUGCAGCAUCCUUAUUUUACCGACAGCUCCUCUGGUCAUUAGAUUAGGCUUCGAAUAAUCGACUGCUUGAAGGAUCCUAAUAUUGAAUAUAUUAUUUCUGUAUUUAAUUCCGACAACCAAAUGUAUUUAGUUAUUAAAUUGUUUCGAUUAGUUAUAUGUACGUAGGCAUACAACCUUUAACGAGGAAAGCAAUCAGUUUUAAAUUUAUAAGAAUUUAAGUAAAUAUAUCUAAGAACCAAUAUUUUACUUUAUUUAAUAUUUAUACGUAUCUAGAAUAAAUUUUGUCAAGGCA